AUGGGAGAUCCUAUCAAAGACAAGGAGGGUAGUCUAGAAGAUCCUAUCAAAGGCGAGGAGGGUAGCCUAGAAGAUCAUAUCAAAAACGAGGACGGUAGCCUAGAAGAUCCUAUGAAAGAGUACAAGGGUAGCAUAGAUGCUCCUAAAAAAGACGAUGAGGUUUGCAUAGAAGAUCCAAUCAAAAAUGAGGAUGCUAGCCUAGAAGAUCCUAUCAAGGAUGAGAUUUGUGGCCGAGACGAUCCUAUCAAAGAUGAGGAAUGUAGCCUAGAGGAUCACAUCAAAGACGAGAAGAGCGGCCAAGAAGAUCCUAUCAAAUACGAUGAGGGUAGCCUAGAGGAUCAUAUCAAAGAUGAGGAGAGUGGCCAAGAGGAUCCUUUCAAAUAUGAGGAAUGUUACCUAGAGGAUAAUAUCAAAGACAAGGAGAGUGGCCAACAUGAUCAUAUCAAUGAUGAGGAAUGA